AUGCUCCCAGCCGUGAUCACCACCACCACUGCCACCAUCAAGCACCAGGGUGGUUUCGUGACACACUUGGUCAGAGCAGGACGACACUUGAAAGUGACCUCCUUGUCGUCCGGCACCAUCUUGCCUGGACUACAACAACAACGACAUUCUCGCAGUAUGUCGACACAUUACGACGCCAUCAUAAUCGGCUCCGGCCAAGGCGGCACGCCCCUGUCCCAAGCGCUGGCCAAAGCCGGUCGACGCACCGCGCUCAUCGAGUCCACGCACGUCGGCGGGACGUGUAUCAACGAAGGAUGCACGCCGACCAAGACCAUGGUGGCCAGCGCCCUCGUCGCGCACGCGGCCUACCGGGCCCCAAGCUACGGCGUGCAGUUCAAGAAAUCCAGCCUGACCGUGAACAUGGAGACGGUGAGGAAGCGGAAACGGGACAUCGUGGACAGUUUUCGCGGCGGGAGCGAGAAUCGUCUCAAGAACACGGCGAACCUGGACCUCAUCAUGGGUCAGGCGAAGUUCACUGGCCCCAAGACCAUUGAAGUGUCGGUCAACGACUCCGGGAUGAAAGAAACACUAGAGGCCGAUCACAUCUUUAUCAAUGCCGGGUGCUCACCGGCACCCUUGAAGGCCAGGAACGCCGAGACCAUCACGGGCAACCUGCUCAACUCGACGACCAUCAUGGAACUAGGCGAGGUCCCUCGUCACCUCGUCGUCAUCGGUGGCGGCGCGGUCGGUCUCGAGUUCGCCCAGAUGAUGAAACGAUUCGGAGCGAGAGUCAGCCUGAUCCAACGCAACAACCAGCUAUUGCCACGAGAGGACGACGACGUGUCUGAAGAGGUGCGCAAGAUUCUCGUCGAGGACGGGAUCGACGUCUACCUCGGAGCCGAGACGAGAGAAGUGUCCAACGUCACGCUGGGCCAGAUUGUCGUGUCCAUAACCCAGCAAGACGGCAGCGUCAAGUCCUUGUUGUGCUCGCACGUGCUCGCCGCGACGGGCCGCAACCCCAACACACCAGCCCUCGACCUCGAAGCCGCGGGCGUUCAGGUCGACGGACACGGCUACGUGCGAGUCAACGAGCACCUCGAGACUUCGGCACCGGGCAUCUACGCGCUGGGAGACAUCAAGGGUGGCCCUGCCCAGACCCACGUGUCGUACGACGAUUUCCGCGUCCUCCGAGACAACCUCAUCACCGCCGACGGGGCCAAAGCGGUGGAGAAGGCCUCGAUCGAGAACAGGUUGAUCCCGUACUGCAUCUUCAUGGACCCGCAGCUCGGACGGGUCGGGUUGACGGAAAGGGAAGCCCGCAAACAACACCCAAACAAAACCAUCAAGGUCGCCAAGAUGCCCAUGGCGUGGGUUGCCCACGCCAUAGAGAGGGACGAGACGAGGGGAUUCAUGAAGGCCGUGGUCGACGCCGACUCGAAGGAGAUUCUGGGGUUUACGUGUCUCGGCCUCGCGGGCGGCGAGAUCAUGAGCAUGGUCCAACUCGCCAUGAUCGGUGGUCUCACGUACGACGAGCUGGAGAAUGCAAUGUUUGCCCAUCCUUGUUUGUCCGAGAGUUUGAAUAAUCUCUGGGGUUUCUUGGAGUGAUUGAUCAUUGUUUGCGCCACAAGAAUCACAUUCGGAACAUUUCCGGCAGUCUGUAGGUGAUACUGAUUCAUGGGAAAUACAACAUACAUACAAA